AUGAUUAGGAGCAAGAGAUUGAGUUAUAUUUCAACUUUUGAGGAUGAAAAAAACUAUAUGGACGAUAAUUUAAAGCUGGAAUUUAAUGAUCAAGCCAUGGUAAUCGACGGUAAUUGUGAUGGCUUGGUGGUUCAUGACAGUACUGAUAAUGAAAAAGAAGAUGGAGAGGUUGAAAUGGUAGAUUUGAUUAAUGAAAGCAAUCAAGAAAAGGAUAUAUACGGUGAAAUUGAUGAUAAUGAAGAAAGUGAUGAAGGGAGCGAUACAGUUUUUCCACUAAUAUCAGAGCCUUUAAAGACUUAUGUAACAGUAAACCCUGCAACUCUUGAAGACGAGGAACUUUGGUCAUUAUCUAGCUUGAAAAGCUUAUGUGAAUAUGUAGGACUUUCAAUCAAGGGAAAUAGGAGGUGUAUAUUAAACAGGCUCCAGGCUUGGAAUGGAGCUCCAUUAUCAGGAGCCGGCCAUCCAGACUCAUACGAUACACGUUCGGCAAGAUUUCAUACAGUUCCAAUGGCAUUUUUGGAAAAGAAUAAGAUCGAUCAGAAAAGUAAGGAUAGCUACUUAGGAAGUGGUGACAAAGAGAAAGAUGGAAAUUAUUUGGGAAUGAAUAGCUCUUUGAAUCUUAGCAUAAAUACUCAUGAAAGUAGAGAAUUGGAUGAGAAUGAAGGUUGCCAUAUUAAUCUUAAAAGUUUUCAUUCUCCCUGUAUUAUAAAAAAAAUGGAAUCUUUAACUUCAACCCCUGUAACAUCUUUUAAAAGAGAAAUAAAGUCUUGUUUGAACACUACAAGUACCCCCAGAAAGAGAUUGGCACAUACUUCCAAGUCAGCUGGAAGGAUAUAUUUUUCUCCUUACAACCAUGUGAGGGUUUUUGUAUCUAACCCAGGAGAGAGGGAGUUAAAUAUGGAUCCUGACUCGGUUUUAAGAUUGAUUGACGACUAUGAUUAUGAUGAUUUUGAGGAGGAUGAUCGAUUUCUGGGAGAGGAUAAUCAUGCAAAUGGAAACAAUAGAGAGAAUAAUAAUCAAAACGAAGAAACUAAUUUUCUAGUUAACAAGGAUUAUAAUGAAGAAAACAAUAGCAAGAGCAACUUUUGGAACAAUUCAGAAAGUGUUUUUUCUUAA